AUUUCUGCAUAAUUUUUAUGAAAAAAACAAAAAAAUCAUCUGAAUUUCUGAAAGAAAUAUGAAUUUGUAUGGAUUCUCUCGUGAAAUUAUCUGACUUCCGUUAGUGAUAUGAAAAUUGAAAAAUGGAAACUCAAGACAAGAAGGAUUCCCUGAAACGUUUAUCUCAUGGACGUCGAAAUGUCAAAUUUUUCGAUAUUACCGGACACACUUUGGUGCAUCCUUUGUCAUACAAUCUGCAAGGAUUUCAAAAACAAAUCAUCAUGUCAGCGGUUUUCAAAAACACUCUGAUAAGCUUACCUCUUGGACUGGGAAUGCCCUUCUUGGCAUCUGUAGUAGUUUUUAACUUUCAAAGAUGGUUCUUGAAUGCCAAAAUUGUUAUGCUGAGUCAAACCAAAAGCUGUAUUGUCGAACAAAUAAACGCUUUGAAUUCUCAUACGACAUUAACUAGUGAUUCGUACAGUGAUCUCUAUGGCAAUACUACCACUGAUAACGAAGCUGCGUGGAAUAAACCAAUUAUACUUUCAACGCCGGUUAAAUUUCUCGAUAGUAUCAAAACGAAAAUGUGUAAAGUUGAUGACUUGAUUUUAUUAAUUGUUUACGAGACGACUAAAGUAACCAAAUGUCAAGAAUACAAAGAGAUUAUGGAUUUAUUGACCGGUUUAAACUUCAGAGUGAAUGUGUUUAUUGAAGGAGGCGGAUUUAGUACAAAAUCUCUGAAACAAGUGAUAGAGACGUUCAGCAUAUCUCUGAUUGAAUUUCGUAACUUGUCUUCUCCUGAUGUAAUGGAGUGUACAUUUCGUUCAGAAAUAGAAUCAGUUUCUUUAGAAAUAUCGCAGCAUAUGAGUAGUAUCAAAGAUGCUUUUUAUACUGUUUACGAAAAAUAUGGUAAAUUACUAAAAGAUGCUAGAGUUAUCAACGGUAACGUAGCGAGUUUUACCAAGAAUCAAAUACAAAAAGCCAGAGAAAAGUUCAUCAAGGCACCGCCACCAAAUAUGAACAAAGAAUCUCAGCAAAACUUGCUCGAUGGCAUGACAAUGUGUUCGUUUUUAAGCGUAGGAAUAGAAAUAUUGCAUAAUUGGGGUGUUCGAUCGUUCUACAAUUAUUUAUUUGACGAAAACAAAGAUGGCGAAUUAAAACGAUUAAUUGUAAAAGAUGAACAUUUAAAGAAUCAGAUGAAAUUACUAAACGAAUACUUAAAAUCGAAUGGGAAAAAGAUGGAAUCGUUGAUGAGUAAAAUAGUUCAUCCAAAACUUGUAUAUUUGAAGAAUUUAAUUUUACGAUCUUUCUCUGAGGCUGAAAACAACAUUGAGGGUUUUCGAAUUUUAAUCUUUUGCUCGAUGGAUGAAAUCGUAGACGACAUCGAUCGUUUAAUUUCAAACUUGCCAAGUUUCAUCAGACACCAGUGUGUUAAAACCAAGUCGAAAUCGUUUAGUAAUACCAAUGAAUACAAGGAAGUUGUGCAAAAUUUCAACGGAGGCGUUAUCAACAUCUUAGCGGUGAACAAUUUGGUUGAAGAAAUUAGUGAUCUAAAGGCCAAUCUAAUCAUCUCUUUGGAACCGAGCAAACCUUUGCUUAGAUUUUCAGAUCCUAGAUUUUAUCGUGGUCCUGAUAAAUGCUUUUUCGUGUUGACAAAAGGAAACGAAUAUUAUAAAUUUGAAUCAUUACUUAAUGAAAAAAAGAACGAACAAAAAUCUGUCGACUUACCUGUAGUGGAUGAAGUUUUACAAAACAGUCCCUCCUUGUUUCCCGAAGGAUUUAAUCCAGACUUCGAAGGUACCAGCGUCGGUCCUCUAACUCGCAAAGCCGACCAAUCUGGCACUCAAAAAACUACCAUCAUGAAUUAUUUAAAACCCUCUAACGAAGGGAAAUCGAGAAAAAGCGAUUCUAUUUUCAACGACAGCGAUUUCGUUGACUCAAGUAUUUUUGUGCCAAACAAUACUCGAAAAACAUCACCAGAGCGGUGCUUAUCACCUCCUUUGUUUCAAAGCAAAUCGAAGAUAUCUGUUGUGAAAUCGCCUGAUGUCGUUAAAAAUGACCUUAAAGACACCGACGACUUUUAUUACAUUAGUCCGCAGCCAGUUCCUUUCGUCGAACAAGAAGCUAACUCGAAUGCAUUCAAAGUUGACGACGAUUCGUUCGACGAUUUAAUUCUGGAUUUUUCGGUAGCUCAACGUAAUCAAGUUAAAAGUAAACCUGCGAAGAAAGAGGAAACCAAUAACAGUCAAUCGAGUGACAAAGAGAAUUUCAAUUUAGGAGACAGCGACAGUGUAUCAUCCAAAUGGACGAACGAUAUGGACCAUGACAGGUUUAAAGUACCAGAAACGAAUACCAAAAUGUCUAUUGCUUCGAGAUUGCUUGCACUACGAGAUUGUGCGGCGAAUCUUCCUCUAGAAUUGGACAUGCCUUCGUCGUCACCUGAAAGUAUCACGAAUUCAAAACCACCAUCUCCGGUGUCCAAAUCGUCUUCGGUUAUUGAAUUCGAGUACGACGAUAUUUUCGAGGAUGUGGAUUUAAGCAGUUUGCAAAAAAGGGCGAGUAAGGAGAACUCGUUCAUUGGAGGUACCAAAGAUAAUACUCGAUCGAGUACGAAUAGUCGUAUCGAUAUAGUGAAUAACGCAGAACAAACGCCAUUGUCGAAAUAUGGGUUUAAAAGCAUCACGUCAUCGCGAAGUUCCAAAGAUAAUACUCGAACGAGUGGAAAUUCCCGUAGCAGUAUCGAUUUUGUGAAUGAAACGAGACCAAAUCCGAGUCCAGGGCAGAAAUUCAGGUUCAAAGAGAGAUCGUUAUUUGGAGGCUACAAAGAAGAUGCUCGAAUUGGUGAAAAUUCUCGUGCCAGUAUCAGCGUUGUGCAUGACACGGUACAAAAUCCUGGCUCGUUGCAGAAAAACAGGCUCGCAGAGACAUCGUUAUUUGACAGCUCCAAAGAUGAGACACCAAUCAGGGUAAACUCUCGUUCUAGUAUCGAUUUCGUGAAUGAAACUAGACUGAACCCGAGCUCAGGGCAGAAAUUUGCGUUCAAAAAGACAUCGUUAUUUGGAAGCUCUAAAGAAGAGACUCGAAUUGGUGAAAAUUCUCGUACCGGUAUCAGCGUUGUGCACGACACAAUACAGAAUCCUGGCACACUACAGAAAAACAAGCUCGCAGAGACAUGGCUAUAUGAAAGCUCUAAAGAAGAUUCAGGAACCAAUGUAAAUCCGCGUACUAGUAUCGAUAUUGUGAAUGAGACCAGACCAAACCCGAGUCAAAUGCAGAAAUUCAGAUUCAAACAAAGAUCGUUAUUCGGAGGUUCCAAAGAUGAUACACGAACGAGUGCAAAUCCUUGUUCCAGUAUCCAGAAAGACAGAGUCAUGGACGUGUCGUUAUUCGAAAACUCCAAAGCUGAUACCCGCACCAAUGCAAAUUCUCGUACCAGUAUCGAUUUUAUUGACGAGACGAGGCGAAAUUCAAGCCCAUUGAAAAAAUCCAGGUUCGAAGAGAUGUCAUUAUUUGGAAACUCCAGAGAAAAUACUCGUACCAACGGAUAUUCUCGUACCAGUGUCGAUUUUGUGGAUGAGACGAGACGAAAUUCAAGCCCACCGCAAGCAGAAUUAUUCGCAGAUAUGUCACUAUUUGAAAACUUCAAAGAAGAUUCGCGAUUGAGUAAACAUUCACGUACCAAUAUCGAUGCAGUGGAUGACACGCGACAAAAUCCAGUCUCAGCCAAAUCGCCGAUAUUUUCCGCAAAAAAAUCCAGUCUAAUGUUAUCUAAAACUAACCAUGUUCCUUUGAAGGAUCGAAGCGCAUCGAUACAUUUCGAUUCGUCGUUCGAAUUAGACGAUGAUUUCACCAUUGAAAAAUUGUGUUUUGAUAAACCACCUGUAGAAGAAAAAAGAUCGCCGGAGUUUUCACCGAAGAAUAAGCCUAUUGAAUCGAUACAAAAGGACGAUUCUUCCGGGGAAAACGAAGAGGUCGAAGAGAAACUACCAGAUACGGCAAAUAUAGACGAUUGGGAUCCAGACUGUGACCUCUUUGAAGAUGAAAAUGCAGAAGAAGAUAUUGCUACGCUGCUCAAAGAUCCGGUUUCAAUCAAGACAAGCACGCCGAUCUCGAAACCGAAAAUUACACCUGCGGAAACAUCACCAAUUGUUACAAGUGCUCCAAUGAUAGAUUUAGUCUCUCCGCGAAAGAACCCAGACGAUCGAACGAAUUUUACAGAACGUAAAAAACCUCCGGAAAGCACUUCGACAUUGACUGAGUUACCAAAACCAAAUAGAUCUCAUAAGAAUCUCGCCACUACCUGUGAUAUUAAUAUAAGUGAUAAUUGUAGAAAAAAAGCCAUUAGUAAUUCGUUCUUCUCGAAUUUCUCGUCAGCUUUGAAACAAAGAUGCGAGAAAAAUCAAAUCGCCAGAAAUGCAUUGGCGAGUACUAAACCACCUAAAACAGACGACGACGAUAGCGAUGAUUUUCCGUGGAUGAAGAAUACCACAAAACCGCCCGAGAAACCUAAAGUUACUGCUAAACCGGAUGACGAACCGUUAUUUCCUUGGCUGAAAAAAUCUCCAGCCAAACCUCCUCCUCCAGCGUCUUCGUCGAAUAACUCGUGUUCUUCGUGGCUGAAAAAAUCACCCGUUUAUGUUCCUUGCUCUGCUUCAUCUGAUAGCCCGAAAGCGUCAACGACUUCUGCAAAUUCGUCGCCUUCCUUUAUUCCGAAUACUGUGGUGGGUCGUGCAUCUUGCUCAAUUUCCGAUAGUCCGUCGAUUGCUCACAGUACUCCAGAUUUUAAGAAACCUGGGCCAUUUUUGAUCAGAAGCUCGGCAUCUAGAAGUGCUCAUUCGAGUUCUGGUUCUGAUCAAAAAUCAGUCGGUGGUGAGAAUUCUCCCGAGCCGAGGAUGAUCAAGAAAAGGAAGAAAAAGACGAAUCUGAAACGUAACCUGGCUAUUCAGUUCAUAGACAAUGAAGCGGAGGUCAGCUCGGAUGCUAGCAACGAUACAACUUCGGAAGAAACCUCCAAUGUGUCUUAUGAACAUGAUAGUUUUAUCGACGACGAGGUCAUGAAUAAGAAUAAUACUUACUCUCAUUAUUUGAAAUCGAUCAAGAGUCCUGGAUCGCAGCAGGGGAGAUUCCAUAUUCCGGUGUUAUCUGAAAGUAAACUAAGAGCGAAUGUGUGUUCUCAAAUGGAUUAUUAUGACCAGACCUAUCAGCAAGAUUCGUUCUGCGUAGACGACGUAGAGGAACAAGACUCAGAAUACGUUCCUUCGGUUUUAACUCAAAUGGAAGACAAGCUGCGAUUCAAGACGAAUAAAACCAAACGAAUACAACAAGUCAGCAGUGGCGAAGAUUCUUCCAACGAAGAAAAGAGCAACGCUACCGUCCGUCAAAAGAAAAAACAUCGCAAAAGAAUCAUGUGCUUUUCGUCGAGCGACAGCGACGAUGCGAAGUGAUGAUGACCUUAUUCUAAAUAUGCUACCAAUCUAUCUAUAAAAUGUUAUUUUGUUUUACCUACCUACUAAAAUUAAAGAGUAUAUUUUUGAUAAAAUUGUGUCUUUAAUACGGAACUCAUUCCCUGAUGAAUUGAACACCACGCCGUAAAUUGAAAAAUAAUUUCAUUAUCGACGUGCUACUCGUAAUUUUACGAUAUGGGAGAUCCACCCAGGAUGGAGAAAACGUAUAUAAAUCUGAAAACUGUGCGAGCUCGAAAACAGUUUGAAGUUCGACGUGUUCAACGACAAGUUUGAAAUUUGUGUUCAGAUUUUGGCCAGUUCUUUUACCAAAUUUCUCUCAAAGUUUCUGUACGUUUAAAAGGUGCGAUUUGUAGUGUUUCGUUCUUGUAGGUAAAAUGCAAACAAAAGCUUUGAUAGUAUUUGUUUGCUUUUUAAUGAUGUUUGAUAAUUUUAUCAUCGAGACGGAGGCAACGGCUCCUUUAAGAAGAAUAAUCCCGAUGAACGGAAGUAUCUACGGAAAGCGGAGUUCUGAAGUGGAUGCCCUAACAAGUAAAACACUUCGAGCCAUGUGUGAUAUAACAAUCGAAGCAUGCACCGAAUGGUUUCCAAACGAUGCAAAAUAAUCGAUAAAAAUAUUCAAAAAUUUUACGUAAAACCGUCUAUCGUAAGUUUUAACAUGACCUGCCGCUUUGAUGGAAAAGUUCAUUCUUGAUAUUUGCAAACAUCAUUUAGGUCGAACUGAAUGGUCAAAGUUGCUGCAUCAAUGGCGGAACAGGUUUUUAUAUAUUUUAUAAAUUUUCAUCGCUUUUAGACUUAUAAAGACACUACCUAUUCAAUAAACCUAAUAUGGAAGAGGUACGAGAAAUUAUGUAAUUAUUAUGUAGGUAAUUUUAAGUAAUAAAAACUUUUAAUAAUGUGUUCGAUUAAUAGUACCUAUUGUAAUAAAAUAGACGAAACGUUAAAAACAUGGAUUUAUUCUCAUUUUUUUUUUUAAGUUAUACUCAUCUCACACACACACGCACACUCACACUAGCACACACAAGUACAAAAAAGGAAAAUGUAAAAAAUAAAUAUAAUAUUCGUAUCGCUGGCUGA